UGGAGUCGAAGCGGCUGCAGCUGGCGCCGCGUCUGCCCCGCGUGCCCGGAGCGGAUUCUGCCGGCCGCCCCCGGAGCCCUGCUGAGCCGGUUAUCGCUUCCUCCCUGUGACCGACCAGCGUUGCAGAGCCUAGCAAUGCCGUUUGGGUGUGUGACUCUGGGCGACAAGAAGAACUAUAACCAGCCAUCGGAGGUGACUGACAGAUAUGAUUUGGGACAAGUCAUCAAGACCGAGGAGUUCUGUGAAAUCUUCCGGGCCAAGGACAAGACAACAGGCAAGCUGCAUACGUGCAAGAAGUUUCAGAAGCGGGAUGGACGUAAGGUGCGGAAGGCGGCGAAGAAUGAGAUUGGCAUCCUCAAGAUGGUGAAGCACCCUAACAUCCUGCAGCUGGUAGAUGUGUUUGUGACCCGCAAGGAAUACUUCAUCUUCCUGGAGCUGGCCACGGGGAGGGAGGUGUUUGACUGGAUCCUGGACCAGGGCUACUACUCGGAGCGAGACACGAGCAACGUGGUGCGGCAGGUCUUGGAGGCUGUGGCCUACUUGCACUCACUCAAGAUUGUGCACAGGAACCUCAAGCUGGAAAACCUAGUGUACUACAACAGGCUGAAGAACUCAAAGAUUGUCAUCAGUGACUUCCACCUGGCCAAGCUAGAGAAUGGCCUCAUCAAGGAGCCCUGUGGGACCCCGGAGUAUCUGGCACCGGAAGUGGUAGGACGGCAGCGGUACGGACGCCCUGUGGACUGCUGGGCCAUUGGUGUCAUCAUGUACAUCCUCCUUUCAGGCAACCCACCUUUCUAUGAGGAGGUAGAAGAAGAUGACUAUGAGAACCAUGAUAAGAAUCUCUUCCGCAAGAUCCUGGCUGGUGACUAUGAGUUUGACUCUCCGUACUGGGACGAUAUUUCUCAGGCAGCCAAAGACCUGGUCACAAGGCUGAUGGAGGUGGAGCAAGACCAGCGGAUCACCGCAGAAGAGGCCAUCUCUCAUGAAUGGAUUUCUGGUAAUGCUGCUUCUGAUAAGAACAUCAAGGAUGGUGUCUGUGCCCAGAUUGAAAAGAACUUCGCCAGAGCCAAGUGGAAGAAGGCUGUCCGAGUGACCACGCUCAUGAAACGGCUCCGGGCGCCAGAGCAGUCGGGCGCAGCAGCGGCAGCGCAGUCCACUUCAGACACGGCCACCCCCGGGGCUGCCGCUGGUGGGGCCAUUGCCGCCGCCGCCGCCGCCGCUGCGGGUGGAGCUGCCUCUGGGAGCAGCGCGACUGCAGCCACAGAGGGCGGUGCUGGAUGUGCUGCCAAGAGUGAUAAUGUAGCCUCUGCAGAUCGCAGCGCCACCCCAGCCACGGAUGGCAGCGCCACUCCAGCCACGGAUGGCAGCGUCACUCCGGCCACGGAUGGGAGCAUCACUCCGGCCACGGAUGGGAGCGUCACUCCGGCCACUGACAGGAGUGCCACCCCAGCUACUGAUGGGAGAGCUACCCCAGCUACGGAAGAGAGCACAGUGCCCACCACCCAAAGCAGUGCCGUACCAGCUGCAAAGGCAGCUGCCGCCCCCGAGCCGGCUGUGGCCCAGCCGGACAGCACAGCCCUAGAGGGUGCCACAGGCCAGGCUCCUCCCUCUAGUAAAGGAGAAGAGGCUUCUGGCGGUGCCCAGGAGUCUCAAAGGGAGAAGAUGAGCUGAACGGGCAGCCUGCUGGGGGUCUUGAGGGAUGGGAAGGAGGGUGGGAGUGUGGAUGAGGGGCUUCUUACUGUAUAUAGAGUCACUGGCAUGAUGCUCUAGCUCCCCCCCAAGCUCCCUCAUCCCAGUGGGGCAUGCCUGGGGGCCAUGGGAGAGCAGUCUCGUCUCCUGUGUGAAUGUGUGUGAGUGGUGGGCAGGCCAGAGGCAGGGCCAGCCCCAGCCCCUGCAUGGAUUCCUUGUGGCUUUUCUGUCUUUCGCUAGCUUCACCAGUUUCUGUUCCUUGUGGGAUGCUGCUCUAGGGAUACUCAGGGGGUCCUUGCUCUCCUUCCUCUCCCCUUCCUGCCUCAUCAUUUCCCCAGGCAGGCCCUGCAAGUCUCAUACUUUCCCAGGCCCUAAAUUGGGUGGCCUUGCCCUGAGAGCUGGUCCUCCAGCGAGGCCCUAUCAGCAGUGUUAGGCUCCCGCACAUGAAGGUGUGUACCUGUGGUGUGUGGGCUGCUCUAGGAGUAGACACUGGCCGCUAGAGAGGAUGCAGAAAUCUAGGGCAGUGUGCUUUAAGUCAAGUCUGGUCACGUGGUUGGGGGCACUGCACGUUAGCUGUGGGGAUCCUCAGAGAAUGGGUAGAAGGGUAGACGCUUCCAUCUUUUCCCCUGGGUAGGCCCUCUGAAGACCCUUGUGUUAUUUCUUGCCCUCCCUAGUCCUGUAGUGGGUUGCUCUGUAUCCUGAUUCUUAGGAAACUCUGAAGGAAAGGAGAGAAACAGUGAGGCCACAGCAGUGAGACCUAGAACAGAGUACAGGGCAAGCACCAGGGCCCCACCCUAUCUGGGUCCUUGCUCUGAGCUGGAUAGGGAGGGCUGGUGUCCCCCGGGGUCUUCCUAGAUGCCACUUCCACGGGAAGAGAUCUUACUCAUGGCCACCUCAUGCAGACUCAGGCCAUACAUCCUCUUCCUCCCAGGGAGGCAUGGCAGUACCUCAUAGGCUGCUUGAGAGUUUGCUUUGGACAGUGGCAGAUUUCUGCUCUUUGUUCAGCCACACAGAGAGGAUUUUCCUCUAUCUCUGCUAUUCCAGGCUGGGUAUCACUCAGCCAUGUUAAGUUGCUCUUGCUGGGAUGAGGAAGCAGAAUAAGAUUCCUCAGUAACUGGAGGUAUGCUCUUGGCAGGUACCCUUGGUCCGACCCAAUCACAGCCUGAACAGGCAGCCACGCUGGGCCUUGCCUAGCUGGGCACUCCACGGUGGUCCUGCCCUUCUCCCUGCAUGCCUGUGGGUCUGCUCUGGUAUGUGAAGGUUGGUGGGCUAACUGUGUGCCUGCUGAACCUGGCAAAUAAACGUCACCCUGCAAAGCCUCUGGCCACCCUCUUGCCUUUGCUUCCUCUGUCCUAUUGGGGAGGAGCCCAUGGAAGGCAGUGGGGGAGGGGAGAGGCUGGGAGCAGGUAUUUGGGUAGUGGCUGAUGCAUUGCUUGGGGUGAGAGUGAAGGCCACCUUCUCUAAUGUGUACCUGAAUGAUGUUGAUGGGGAUCCUCUGGACUCUAGGAAACCAUGUGAGUGAUGUGUUUCAGCCAAGAACUAUCUCCCCCGAGAUGAGCACUUGAAGGGCUGAUGCUUUUCCAACUAUUGUUGACCAAAGAGUCUAUGUCUUAACUUGGACAUAGAGAUGGAAUCCACUCAGGGCCAACCACUACAGGGAGAGGAGACCUUGCUCAUGGCUGGAGUGGGCCUCUUUGGGCUGGGGAAAGGGUGCGAUUGCACAUAAGUUCUGUGCUGUAUGUUGAUGCCUACUUCCUGUGAAUACCUGUGCUUUCCACUUAGACCAAAAAGAUUUCACUCUGUCUUCCCCAGCUGGAGCAGAUCUGCUUUAUAAUAUGGAGUCAUGUUUGUUUCUUCUGGGGGAGUGAUACUGCUAACUAUAUCGUAAAAAUCCCUUAGGAGACUUGCUUCAACUCAGACGGGCUUUGGUGAACUCACCUGGGUUGCUUUCUCAGGGAGGACCUUAAAUUAUCUGAUGUGGGAAUAAUAAAGAGGGUUUGUUA